AGUCGGAAAGGUAUAUCGUGGGAGUGCCUAAACAUGUUUGACCGACCGGCCGCACGGUGAUUGGUGUAAUAUUCAAUAUGGCUUCGUUGUGACUUAUAGGCAAUAGUGCAUGUUCGAGAAUAUGUUAGCAGAACUUGCAUUCUACAUCGUCGACUUAUCAAUAUAAGGUAUACAUACCAUACGAAUUAAGCAGCCUUGAAGUGUUAUAUUGGCUAGUCUAUGCCUGACUGUCGGGAACCAUAUGCAAAUUGUUGCAGGCAAGCCGGAGUUUGUUUCUGAUUGCAGCCUUUUUUGAUUCAUACCGAUGGAUGAAAGAAGCAGUAAAGCACCUGAUAUAGUGAAGUCAUUGCCAAAAACUAACAGAAGUGUGCCAAGAGGACUCUUGCAUCGAGAAGUGGGAUUUAAGGAGAAGCAGGGUAGAGUGUCCACUGAAUUCCAGCUAGCUGCUGAAGAUCAACUGGUCCUUAAGAAUCAUGAAGAACUGUUUUGUGAACUGCCUGAUGUUUCACGGUCAACGUUCCUUAUGGUUUUUAGCCCAGAUGGAACAAAAGUGGCUUCAACACACGGAAACCAUAAUGUGUACGUGACUGAUCUAAAUACGGGCAAGAAUGUAAACACAUUAUCAGGUCACCCACGAACACCGUGGUGUAUUGCUUUUCACCCUUCUUCAAAUCAGAUCCUUGCAUCAGGCUGUCUUGGGGGUCAAGUGAGAGUUUGGGAUCUGCAUGGUGGCAGUGAGAUAUGGACUGCGGAAAGCCAGACUGUGAUUGCGUCCCUUGCAUUCCAUCCCACUGAUCGAAUGUUGGUCAUCGCCACAUACAACGAGCUGCAUUUUUGGGACUGGAGUCAACCAAUUCCAUUCACAAAGUGCUACACUUCAAAUGAAAAGGAGAAAGUUAGGUAUGUGGCAUUUGAUCCUCUUGGACAUAAACUCAUCACUGGAAUCUCCAACGCUCCCCACAACCAUACCCAGUGGGAUCGGGUAGCAGCUCCACCUCGUCCGGGGUCAAGUCUUGCAUCUACAUCACAUGAUUCUCACCCUCAUUCAGUUGUAGUGCCACCAGAGCAGGACCGUCGGAUAACCGUGUGCUACCGUUCGCUCGUAGAACAGUACGAGCAGCUAGUCCAGCGCUACUAUGAUCUGUCACGCGCCAGAACUCCUACAAUGGAUCGAGGCACAGACCCAAUGGAUCUGUCUGAAUCAUUACCUCCAGGUCUGCGAUCUGGGGCACAGUCACAAUCUCAGACAGAACGAGGCACGAGCAGAUUCGUAAUACAUGACAGUAGCAUUGGUGCUGCAAGUGCAGGUGGCAGUACUACUACUACUACUACUACUACUAUUACUGACACUACUUCUGGAAGUAAUGACAAUGGUUCAAGGCCGGGGGCCAGUGAUGGGCCAUCAGCAGAGACGAGGAAUGUAUCGCAAAGGACUGCCCAAAACUUGAACGCAAUGGAGUCGGUAUUAAAACGUGAAGACGUACUUUCUAGGUCAGGAGCAGAGUGCCAUGAUGUUGCAAAGUCAGCCUCAUCUGUAACAGGACAUGGACCACCUCAGGAGUUCGGUGAACAGACUGCUGUACCAUCCUCAUCUGCCACAGAUACUGAACGAAUAAGAAACUUGUCUGAACAGCAGCUGAUUUCGCCAGACAGCGUAACUGGCCCAGCAGAUAACCAAAGCAGAGUGCAAAUGACAAGUGGCCCGAGUCCAACAAGACCUGUCCUGUCUACUUAUACUUCUGACACUUGUUCACGAAGAUAUCACCAAAAUCAAGAUGCAGCGGCCCAGCCUCUUGUUACAGAAUCUUCCCUUUCUUCGGAACAGCACGAUGUGUCGUCUAGACUGCAUUCUGAAGCUCCACCUUCUUCUCCGUGUCCCCCAGAGCGACCUCGCAGGUUCUUUGUUUCCCAGCGUUCUGCUUUUAAACCGAGAAUUCCGAGAGGGUCCCAGCAGACGAAUUCCGAAUCUCGACUCGGUUCUAGACUGCCGUCGGGGAAUCAGACCCCGAGACGUGGUUUUUUUUUACAGAGACGUCUGAGUGGCGCGUGUCAUUCGCAGAGCUUUCAGGAUGGUAAUGGAGAAUGUCCGCCAUCCCGAGGGCUUGACAGCACGUCAGAUGUAGGUGUGAGAUAUGGCAUUCAGUUGCUCAGUACACACAUUGACAACAUGCAGAGGCUUUGCAGGGCUCGUUUAGAGAUCCUGCAGCUGCAACAUAUUCGCCGCAUGUGGGAGGAUCUGCAGCAACAGAUUAGGUCUCUGCAUGUGGCUGUGAGGGAGAGUACUUUUGCAAUGAGAGACUCACAAGACAGAAGUAGACGUAGGUUUAGACUUUAUUCUCAUCCAAAUGACAAUUCAGGGUUGAGUAGUGAUUCACAAUUUAUACUAAACACCUGGAGAGAGCGUCAGUUGGGCCCUGGUGCCACAGAGCAGGGACCACAUAUUCCUAGCAUGAGUCAGAUGCUGGAGGAAUUGGCUCGCAUCAGUGAUGUAAGCCCUCCUUCAAGUGUCUCUCAAACUCCUGCGUCAUCUGGUGGUGGCAGUGCAGUUUGUGAAAACCCUGUUACCGCAAGUGAUCAGCCUCCAUCAAAUCAAGGAACGCUUACUCGACUGCAUGCGAAGUUUGUAGCUUUGACAAGACUUAAAUUUAUGAUGAACAAAAGAGAUGGCGCUAGGAAGGAGGGAGAAACCUCAAAGAAUAAUGCGGCGGUCACGUCAAGAAAUAUUGUUACUACAACAAGCAAAGAUACUGCUCAACCUGUCAACACUCCUGCCACAGAGAGCAAGAAAUUCAAGGCUUCUGACGGAGUGCUGACAGUUUCACAAAGUGCCAAAUCAGUUACCUCUGACGAUCACAGGAGCUCUGCAGAGGGGCCUUCCUUUCAGCCUGAUUCUGCAGAAAGUGCUGUCAGUAGCAGGACAUCUGAUUCAAUUUGCAGACAAGAUAUUAUAAAAAUUGAAAAUGUAACAAAUUCUCCGGGUAUAUCUAGUGUAACUGAUGGAUGUGGUGAUACAGGUUCACCUUGCAACAAGAAGCAGGGAGAAGAAAUGAGUUCAAGUAGCAGAUCUGUUCACUCAGAUAGUUCUAUACCUGUGCAAGAUACAUGUUCAGGUGGCAACAGCAGCGCUCCCAUUGUUCCGACUAUAACCACCGCCACAACAGUCGCAUCCUCCUCCGCAAUGGACCCAGAUACCAUGCAGCAUGAAUCUUCAGGACAUCAGCCAUCCAGUAGCUGGUGUCGACACCCGUCGGAUUCUUCAGCGGCCGCCCCUUCGUCAACCAGUAUCACUGGUAACACGACUCCACUGGCAAACUCUGCUGCAUCUUCUAUAGCUAGUUCCCACUUUCAGCGGUUGUUGCGUGUUAGUCGGCGAGUGUAUCUGAGGAGGCCAAGGCUCUUGGCUCUGGGACCAAGAUCUAGGACCGUGGCUCGUCAACUGAGCAGCAGCGGUGCGGUAUCGCACAAGAAUUCUACAACUAUUUUCAGACAACAUGAAUCUGGAAGGAGACCAUGGUUCAUGCAGUCAGCUCUUCGAACUCAGCAGUUGAGGACAUCUGUGCAAGGCGUCAGGAGCUCAGCACAGGUUGAGACUACCCAGUCAUGCUCACCUGAGGAAGGUGGAAGUAAUGGCAGUGGCAGCGGCAGCUUUGAACAGGCUAAUAGUAGUCCAGUUGAUGCCUCUUCACAAAGUACAGUGUCACCCCAAAUGUCUCCUCCAGAUGAAGCUUUUCUGCAAAGUGCAAAUAGACCAGGACUUGACACAUCUAGUCAGAGUGAUGUCCAACCUGGUCCGAGCAGGUGGCUGUCCGUUAGCCAUGGCACGUCUAGUCAAGAGACACCUGCUUGUGGAGCAGGAACAAGCAAGGAUAGGCCCAGUGCAACACCUCUUGGCACAAAGAGGAAGGCAGAUAAUCGCGCGGGGCCCAGUACUGGAGCUGUCUGUCCUGAUGGCUCUGAGCAGAAACGAUGCAGCUCCCAGCAUGAACGUACUACUUCUGAGUCUCUCCGUGCAAUGAUUGCACGUCUGGAGGCACUUGUAAGACAGCAGAGGGAGCAGCGAGAAUCGGUCCAUCGGGAAAGUUUCGCUGGGAGAGGACGUCAGCAAAUGAACGUGUGGGAGUUGCGUGACAGACACCUCUGGUUCAGGGCUGAUGCCAAUUCUGGCAGUGACAGUGAUAGCAACCCUGAGAGUGAAAGACGUCAGUCGUGGAGGCGACUGUCUGCAGAAGAAAGACUGAUAAUGGCACUUGAAAAUGAAACAAAUAGUAGUUCCACGUUUGGUUCACGACGUCGAGGUUCUUCAGGCCCGCUUGAUGAAGACUGGGAAUGGACUCGCGUAACUACACGUCUGAGGGCGCGACAAGUUCUAAGUUUGAUGGUUGAAAGUCUGACACAGUUCUUUGAAGAAAAUGGUCUUUCAAAUAAUACGUCACGUGCCGUGUUGGAUGAGCAGAUAUAUAAUUUGUAUAUUCUACUGCAACUAGCUUUAGAACUGACAGAUCUGUUACUAGCCCAGCUUCUUACAACAAGGCGAGAAUUAGAACAUCAGUGGGCUCAUCGCCUCCGCAGCCCAGUUGCUUUGGAUGCUGCAACAGCAGCGGGUCAGCAGCAGUCACGAAGGGGCAGUGGAAGGUUGCCAUCCAGAGACGAUGAGCAAGAGACUCGGAGAUUGGGGCAACCUUACGCGAGACCACUGUCUGAACAGCCAGACAGUUUGAGAAUGUCUGCAUAUGGAAGACAGCUGCGAUACAGGCAUCAUCCUCUCAACGAGUCAGAUGUGACGGAACAGCUAGAUAAUGUGCCAGGUACAAGCGUGGGUACGGGCGUGAAUCGGGGUGAAAGCACUAGAAGGUUGGGACCAAGAAUUAUAAACUGUUAUUCGAGGCACGGGUCUCACACUGGUAUCCCCGCGUCGGCCCGAAUUUGCCGAGGCAGCAGCCGGCUGCUUGUGAGAGGAGCCGUACCUCGCCGGGACAGCAUUGGAGUUCAUUUAUUGUCAUACUCUAGAGAUGAUGGAAUUCAUAUUUCACCACAUACUCAGAGUGCUGGAAUUCAUUCACCAUCAUAUUCAUCAAGGGAAGCAGGUCGCAAUUCAUUAAAUUAUGAAGAACCAGCUGCAACAAACUCUCCUGAAAUAAGAUCACCACCACGUAUUGUAGUGAGAGUUGAAAAUAAUGUUCCUUUUAUAUUGAUGCCUGCUUCAGCAUGUCAACAAAAUCAUGAUCGACAACCGCAACAAGAACCGCAACAGCACCCUCAACAACCUCAUCAACAUCAACAUCAGCAGCAGCAGCAGCAGCAACUUGAUGCCUUCACGGUGCCCCUCGUUCAAGUGAAUGACGUCCUUAUCCCCGACACCUCAAUCUUGAACCAGUCGCAGUCCCGACAGAGGCCCCAGUCGCCACCGCCACAUCCGCCUCCUAACUUGAGAAGCCCGUUUAUCCAACAGGCUCAGUCUCCACUUCGAUACCUAGGUGACACAUGGCGAUACCCAGUCAGUCCAGGAGAAGCAUCUUGGCGUAGUGGCUGGCGACCACGUUUCUUGCAUCCUCGAUAUGUUGCACCACAUCCUUUUAGCGACGACCAAGAUGAACCUCUUAUUGGACCUACCUUGGAGAACAUCAAUAUCAUCAGAGAUUCCUUCAUCAUAACUGAUGCUCCUAUGUCACCAAACCACAGAAUUCAGGCGUGGGACUUCUCCAGACUCAGUAUACCUGACAUCAGCAACGCGGAGAAGAAUGUAAUAGUUGCUGAAUGCAAGAUCCACAAUGAUGCUAGUGUCGAUGUGUCUAAUGACGGUCAUCUUUUGGUAACUCUUCUCCCCACAGGGCGUCUGAGCAGUACUGCUAUGCUAGGAGUUUACAGUCUGGAGUGGGAGUCUUUGGGUCAAUGUCUGUACACAACAAGUUUUGAGCAAAAUGCCGUAUCGGUGAGUUUGUCGCCCGCGAGUCGUCACCUACUGGUCGGUUUGGCAUCGCGGCGCGUGGCAUUGCUGCCGGCAGACCGGCAGACCAUGGCGCAGAUCUUUCGAUUGGAAGGUGGCGUGCCGGGCCGCGCUGUCGGCGCGCGUGGCCGCCUGUGUCAUGUUCGUGAUAUCGACCAAGACCGGGAGCAAGGCUACAUGAGUCUUAAUUGCAUCCGGUGGGCACCAGGUCCAGGACAGGGACUUGUAUAUGGGACCAACACGGGGAAGCUGAAGGUGUUGAGGUAGCGAGCACUCUUUACGACUCAUUGCCGCCCUUCGCAAGAGGACGCGCCCGAGAAAGACGCGGCUUCCUAUCAGUAUAUGGAAUUAUUUUGACUGACUUUUCUUACUUUAACAUUAUAGAGUAUCUUUUUUAGUUAAUGACAUUAAAAAGGAAAUGAUGCUGCUUUGCGUAGUAUUGAGUCUAAUUAGUGUUUAACAAUAGAUGAACACUUUGGUUGGGCCAUUCUCUGUAACUUGCCAUGUCUACUGUUACAUGUAAGAACAGUUAUAAUAGUAAAAAUACGUAAAAGAACGCCAUACUAGCUGCAACUGUGUGGCUCAUUUAAAAUAAUUACAGUUUUCAGAAACUCAAAUAGGAAAUGUUGGUUGCAUGUUUGUUUCAGUAUUUAGCAGACGGCGAUUAAAUUCCUGGGGUCUGCACAUACAUACAGAUUUACUUGGCAUUUAAACAGACUCAAAGUGCAGGAUAUUUAUUGAAUUCCCAAGUUAGAAACUCUUUUAUUGAGAAUGAACCCAUUUACCUGUGUAAUAAUCAGUCUUUAUAUACACACAAGAGGACCUGGUCAAUUGUUACCCUCCAAUUCGGCUCCAGCCUUGCAGUAUGUCGGCAGAUGCCCCUCUGACUUCCUGACUAAAAUAUUAGGCGUAGACACUCCGCUGUUUCUUAAAAAAAUGCAGUUUUUUUCUCUUUGUUCGCUGUUACUUCAUAUUCUCAUGAGGGUAGCGUUUUCACAUUGUCAGUGAUAGCUCAGUUGGUAGUGCACUUACUUAUGGCGUGGCCAGCCCUUGUUCCAUUCCAAAAUAAAUCCUUUUUUAAGUCUUGAAUUACUUUAUUUUCUUUAUUCUGCUAUUCACUUUUGAAAAUGAUAGGAGUGCAGUUGGUUUUCUCAGCAUUAAAUUAAAUUAUUAUAAUGUAACACCUUCUAAGAAUGCAUCCUUGACAAUUUGACCAAUGGCUUUCACAUUCUUACACAAAGAUGUUUUAUCCUUCCAUGGCAGCAGAGUCCCCCAGAAGAUUUGCGAGUACAGUUGUUUGGAAAAUUCAUAUUUCUUAGGGCAACCCCUAGUAAUGGAAACACUGAAGAUAACAGUCAGUUGCCUGUUGGUCAGUUUGCUGGCACAGAAGAAUAAAACAGAAUUUUGUGCAGGAAUAUGAAAAAGCUACUGGUCAGAUUGUCAAUUGGACAUUCUAAAGACAUUAUGUAAUAAAAAUAACAACAAUAAUAGUAAUAAUAAUUUAAUUUAAUUUUGGUCAAAACACAGAAAUCAACUGAGCACCUGUCAUUUUUUAAUACAAAGGAAAUAAAAUAAAUGCAAAGGCUUAAAAAUAAAUUAAAUUUGAUGGCCUCCAUAGUCGUGAUAUACACGGUAAUUAAAAAGAAAUACACAGGACCGCAACCAAGAAGACAGCCAUCUUUGUAUUCGCCGCCAUCAAAACAUCAAAUUCUACUUGUACCUAGCUUGUUUAUUUGGUCUGCGCAAACAUUCUAGCCUUAUAACGAAAUAAAUAGUUUUUAUCAGAA